CACACCUUGAAAGUCGGUGACCAGACUUGACAAAAGUGAUCGGCUCGAACGCGCCCAAUGUCACCCCAGUCUCUCUCUCUCUCUCGCUCUUUUUUUUCUUCCAGCAGCAGGAAGGCGCAAUCAGGUCGCAUUCUACUCCUCUUCUCGUCCUCGUGAAGAGAAGCUAGAACGAAGUGCCGCGCGUGUUUUCUAACCGCACCAUGGUGGGAAUGACGGAUUUGGGGUUCCUUUUCGUCCCGGUGAUGAUGCUGGUGGGGUUCACCUUGCAAGCGGAAAUUAACAACGGGAAAGAGGAGGAGAAAAAGGGGAAUUUCAUGGAAGACGAGCAUUGGCUGUCCACCAUUUCACAGUACAGCCGCAAGAUCAAGCAUUGGAAUCGCUUCAGAGACGAAGUAGAGGAUGACUAUGUGAGGACCUGGGAUGAGAAUCAGGGAGGCUCUAAUGAAAAUGUUGACACCACCAAAGACCCCUGUCAGAAGGUGAAGUGUAGCCGAAACAAGGUGUGUAUCGCCCAGGGAUACCAGAGGGCUGUGUGUGUCAACCGCAAGAAGCUCGAGCACAGACUGAAGCAGCCUGCCCUGAGGUCUCCUGAAGGAGGAUGCCAGCCCUGUCCUUUCUCCUCCUCUGGUCCUGUGUGUGGCUCUGACGGACACAACUACGCCUCCCAGUGUAAAUUGGAGCAGCAGGCGUGCCUCACAGGGAAGGAGUUGACUACGAAGUGUUCUGGUCUUUGUCCCUGUCCAACCGCGACCCCAACCAAAGAGACAGAGGUCAAGCAUGAGAGUUGUACAGGGCAGGACCUGUCUGAUCUGGGGGACAGGCUGAGGGAAUGGUUCCAGCUGCUGCAGGGCAACGCCAAGCUGAACAACAACAGCAGGACUGGAGCCAGUAACACAGCAGAGGCUACCUCUGGAUCAGUCCUGGACAGGAGCGUAGUGGUCAGCUGUAAGGACUCUGUAGGCUGGAUGUUCUCUAAGCUGGACACCAACAGUGAUCAGUAUCUGGACCAGGCCGAGCUGGCAGCCAUUAACCUGGACAAGUAUGAGGUCUGCAUCCGACCCUUCUUCAACUCCUGUGACUCCUACAGGGACGGGAAGGUUUCUACAGCCGAGUGGUGCCUCUGCUUCUGGAGACAGAAGCCCCCCUGCCUGGCUGAGCUGGAGAGGAUCCAAGUUCAGGAGGGAGGCAAGAACAAACUAGGCUUGUUUAUCCCUAGCUGUAAUGAGGAUGGAUACUACAGGAAGCUUCAGUGUGAUCAGGCCAGGAGAGAAUGCUGGUGUGUCGACCAACAGGGAGGGGAACUAGCCAGCUCCAGAAUCCAUGGCAACCCCGACUGUGAUGAGGCGGUGGCAUAUUCAGGUGAUUUUGGCAGUGGAGUCGGAUGGGAGGAUGAGGAAGAUAAAGAAGCGGAGGAGAAUGCAGAGGAGGAGGAAGGAGAGGUGGGAGAGGCAGAUGAUGAAGGAUAUAUUUGGUGAAGAAAACAAUGAAGUCUAGCUAGUCCAACAUUACUACCGGAGCAUCUCAACUUCUCUCUCUCUCUCUUACACACACACACACAAACACACACACACACACACACAAAUAAUGAUCCUGGAAACCUGAAGAGAUGGACACAAUUGAAAAAAUUGUGGGGUGGGGGGUUGGAGAAGAGGGGUGGGGGGUUGGAGAAGA